AUGAAAUCAGCCGCCGUUCUCCUCGCAAUCUCCGUGUGCCAGUGGACUUGCCACUUGGGAGAAGCUGCACUUCUGGAGCCGAAUUGCGGAAUGUGGACGCAAUCCGCUUACCAAAUAAGAAUCAUCGGAGGCAGUGAUGCUGAUAUCACUUCCUUUCCCUGGAUGGCCUAUCUGCAUGACGACAAUCGAUAUUUCUGCGCUGGCACACUCAUAAAUCAUCAAUUCGUCCUGACGGCUGCGCAUUGCAUUGGUGCGGUUCCGAAGAUCACGGUUCGUUUGGGAGGAAGUGAGAUUACGCCCAGUGCCACAUUAAGGUGCCAAUCCCAACCCGAGGACUACCCUGUUAGCUUCAUCAUAAGCCAUAAGCACUACAAUCCCUCGAUCAUGCUAAACGACAUCGCCCUACUUAAGCUUGCGAGAAGCGUGAACUUUGAAGACCACAUCAGGCCGAUCUGCAUUAUCCUAGAGCCGGAGAUCAGACUCUUGCUGGAGGACGGCAUGUCGCUCACGGCCACCGGCUGGGGACUUAUGGAUAACAAACUUCCUGCCUAAACCCUCCAGCAAGCCUUCAUCACAGUGAUGAACAGGAGUGUAUGCAGCAAGCUGUAUAAUGUCCCGAUUAUACAAGGCCACAUCUGUGCCGGUGACAAGGAGACCAACACUUGCAAUGGCGACUCGGGCGGACCACUUGCGGGCUGGGUGAACUACUACGGGGAUCUUCGGUUCGUCCAAUACGGGGUAGCAAGUUUCGGGGAUUUUGCCUGCCGGGCUCCGAGCAUCUAUACAGAUCUGAGCACCUACUCCGGAUGGAUUAGUUCGGUUGUGAAUAGGUUUGGCACAUAA